AUGUCGAAGCGCGCGUUGGCGGAAUCUGCGGAGGCGCAACAGCCUGCGCGCACAAAUAUGCAAGGCGAUGCGCCGAUAGAGCAUGAUGAGGGCAUGGGAGAGUUUGAAGAUCCAUUCGAGGAUGAAUUUGAGAGCGACGAAGGGGAGGUCGUCGAUGCCGCAGACGAGGACACACAGAUGGAAAUCGACGGCGUCCCCGUCUCCGACAAGAUACAACGAUUGGAUGAAGAGGACGAUGAGCCCCAAGCACCAGCCGAAACAUAUAUCCCGGGUGUCCAAAAACUGGAAGACGGCCAGACGUUGGUUCCCGACCAGUCGGUCUACGACAUGUUCCACCGCAUGAACGUGACAUGGCCGUGCCUCUCGUUUGAUUUUCUGCACGACCACCUUGGUACGCAGCGAAAGACGUUCCCGCAUACCUCGUUCCUUGUCACUGGUACGCAGGCCGAUACGGCAAAGAACAAUGAAGUGAUUGUCAUGAAGGCAAGCGCCAUGCACCGCACAUCGCGUGAUGAUGAACCUUCCGACAACGAAGACAACGAAGACGACGACAAUGUCGACGAUGACGCGGUGCUGGAGUAUCGCUCUAUUCCUCACCUCGGAGGUGUAAACAGGAUUCGCGCUGCGCCGGUUGCCGCGCCGAACGCUUCCGAGCUUUGCUUGGAUCCGUACCCUGUAGCCUCCUGGUCGGAGACGGGCAACGUUUCCAUUUUUGAUGUGCGCCCUUUGUUUAAUGUACUCAGCGAGCCAGGCACGCAAAUCGACCGCAAAACCGUGAAUGUACCGCUCUACACGGUAGAAAAUCACCGCGGCGUCGAAGGCUUUGCCAUGGACUGGGGCGGUCUUUUUGGCUCUGGCGCGAGUGGCAAAGGCCAUCUCCGGCUUUUGACCGGUGAUGUGCACAGCAAGAUAUUUCUUACGACAAGCACUAAUACGGGCUUUACGACGCACGCGAACCCAUUUGAGAGCCACACGUCUUCUAUUGAGGAUCUCCAGUGGAGUCCUUCGGAGCCCACCGUGUUUGCCUCUUGCUCUGCGGACCAGAGUAUUCGCAUCUGGGACGUGCGUGUAAAAUCCCAUCGUUCCUCUCUUGCCAUUGACAGCGCACACGACCAGGACGUGAAUGUAAUUAGCUGGAACCAUGGCACCCAGUACCUUUUACUUUCUGGCGGCGAUGAUGGCGCACUGAAAGUGUGGGAUAUGCGCAACUUUAAGAGCGGGAACAAGCCUUCGCCUGUGGCACAAUUCAACUGGCACCAGGGGCCCAUUUACAGCGUUGAGUGGAACCCCAAUGAAGAUAGCACGUUUGCUGCCGCUGGGCGUGACGACCAAGUCACGCUCUGGGACUUGGCCGUGGAGCACGAUCCAGACGAGGACACUUCGCAGCUGCCCAAAGGCCCAAAUGGCGAGCCUGUUCCCAGCCAGCUGCUGUUCUGCCACCACGGCGCGUCAGAAGUGAAGGAGGUUCACUGGCACGCACAGAUUCCUGGAAUGCUUGGGAGCACCAGCGCUGACGGCUUCCACUUUUUGAAGACCAUCUCAGUGUAA